AUGUUAUCUCGUAACUGGAGGCAUUUAUGCCGUCGUUAUUCUCAGGCCGUUACAUUUAGGACCAAUGAAAACUCACCUGCACAACAAAAUGAUAAACAGGUGGGAUUAUUUUACACAGUAAACCCAGACUUGUGCAAGCAGCUGUUUAGUCAUGGAGGUUUCCCUAAAAGCUUUAUGAAACAGACCAAGACCUUCACGGAAACUGCUAUAAUGGUGCGACAACCAGCAUUGGACCUCAUCAAUUGUAUUAGAGCUAGUGAUAUGGACCAACCAGCUAUCCGUUAUGUACUUUAUGGCGAGAAGGGUACCGGCAAGUCUCUGACUUUGGCACAUCUCCUGCAUUAUGCUCAUGAAGACGGCUUCUUGAUUGUGCAUGUACCGUGGGUUUCUGAAUGGCUACGAAGAAUAACUCGCCACAAGGAGAUGUCAAACUCUCAAACACGCGAAGGUUUAGUCGACUUACCGCUCGACGCGGCGGCUUGGCUCAUCCACUUCAAGAGUCAAAACCAGAAACUACUGAAGAGUGGAAAUUUAAAGACAAACAAGGAGUAUGUAUGGAGUAAACGCGAAAAGACCGAAGUUGGUUCUCCACUGUCGGACCUAGUGGAGCUUGGUAUCAAUAGAGUGAAGUAUGCCUGUGACGUCAUCGACGCUCUUGUUGACGAGAUAAAAAUACUUUCUAAUAAUAAGCAGUGUAAAACAUUUGUGGCGAUAGAUGGUUUUAACAGUUUCUUCUACCCGUUGACGCGACUAAAUACGCCUACUAAAAGAAAAGUGGAACCUGAUGAAGUAACACUUACGUCAAGCUUCAUGAAAAUUACUAAGAAUGAUUGGAAAAAUGGCGUCAUUGUAGUAACUGCAGACGAACUGUCUGUGCCCGAGGAGCAUCACGAAAGUUACCUUCCUAGAUAUCUGUUGUACAAAAAGGGCUUUGAGCAUCUUGAUCCUUUUGUGCCAAUACAAAUAAACAGAUACUCAGACAAAGAGUUUAUGACGUGCGUAAGUUACUACAGGGACAGAUUAUGGCUGCGAGGACCUACUGAAAUUGAAAUGGAACUAAAGUUCACUAGUGCCUCAAAUCCUUAUAAAUUUAUGGAACAGUGUGCACCAUUGUAA